AUGAGUCUAACAAAAGCACAAGGUCACAUUCGACGCCUACUAGCUCUGUUGUUUAAUCGAAAAUCAGUGGAACCAACCAAGGAAGCGCUACUAACAGCAAUUUGUAUUGGAAGCCGACCACUUGUUGAAUUCAUUUUAUCGCUUUUUUAUGAGUUCCCGGGAGAAGAGCGCAGUGGUGCAUGUGACUUGUGUGGACGAUCUGCACGAUGCCUGACGAACAGUGUUAUCCUUUUGGAUACCUAUAGGGCAAUCAGUAGUGCGCCAUUCUUAUGGCUUGCGUGCAGCGACCCGCUACUGGCCGCUUUAAACCUGGCUGUGGAUUUGGAGGUGUGCGAAGAAAUGGAAAAGGAACACAAAGUUGCAUAUGGUGAAUUGCGCCGAAAUGUCGCAGAAUUUGCACUGAGAAUUGUAGAACAGUGCUGGAAUAUGAAUGAAAUCGACACGCUGCUCUCAUAUAAAGAAGGCGCAACACUGGCCGAUGACGAGCUUCGCUUCCCACGUAUAACACUUGCUUUGCAGGCACAUAUGAAAUCGUUCCUUGCAUCAAUUGGUGUACAAACAGCAAUGGAGGGGCAGUGGCACGGGAUGUGGAUGAGUUACGGCAAAUCGGCGUGCCAGGAUUUCAGCCGUCAUCUUCGACACAUUGUGUUUUAUCCAUUUCUUGCAACGAUUCAUGCCUUUAGCGCUGGAAAAUACAUUAAAACAUUUAAAUAUCCCCUCGCAAGGUAUAUGAGUCGAUUAGCUAGUUAUAUAUCCUUUUUAAUUGUCCUGAUAUGUAUACGAUGUUUUGGAAGAGAAGGAGAACAAGCGUCCGAACGAGCACUACUUGAUAGCGGUGAGUUCAGCUUUUUAAAGACAGCGUCUUUAUAA